CCAGUUGAAAGCGUCUGCUUCGCCUCCUUUCCAGACAAAACAAACCUCCCCAAAAAAGAAAAAAUCAAUCUUCUCAAAGGAAGAAAACCUGCUAGAGGAAGUAGAAUUGAUAGUGGCGGUGUUGAAGGUUGCUAUAACUGAUUAAAUAACUGCUCGGUGGCCUUGAUUUAAUUUGAUCAAGGGUGCUUCGCUUGAUGUGGCCUUUAUUUAUUUUAAACAAGAUUCUUAGAACAGACCGAGAAGACAGGGAAGAAAACAAUGGGGAUCACAUGAAUGUGGCAGCUGGAUGCUGUCCUUUUGAGCUGCUAUCUGAUAAUCGAAUUGGUCGUGAGGCAGUGAUGUCUCAAACAAAUUAUGUUCAAGUUCCGCAUAUUAACCAGCUGUUCUCUUGGGAUUGUGGACUUGCUUGUGUUUUGAUGGCUUUGACUACUGUCGGCAUUAAUGGUUAUAGUAUUCAGAACUUGAUCGAGCUUUGCAGCACAACCAGCAUUUGGACUGUUGACCUGGCUUACUUAUUGCGAAAGUUUUCUGUUAGGUUUUCCUAUUACACUGUAACAUUUGGAGCUAACCCAAACUACUCUGGGGAGACAUAUUACAAGGAACAUCUACCUUGUGAUCUGGUUCGAGUAGAUAAGCUAUUCCAAAAAGCAGUGGAAGCAGGGAUCAAUAUACUGUGCAGUUCAAUCAGCAAAGAAGAAAUCUCUCGCUGGAUCAUGUCAGGGAAGUAUAUUGUGAUUGCUUUGAUUGAUCUGUGUAAAUUGAGUGGAUCUUGGGUUGGGGAUGUCAUCAUCCCUGGAUUUCAUGGCAAUGAUGCAGGAUACACAGGUCAUUAUGUUGUGAUAUGUGGCUAUGAUGCUGAAGCAGAUGAGUUUGAGAUCAGAGACCCUGCAAGUUCUAGGAAACACAACAGGGUCUCAUCAAAGUCCCUUGAAGAAGCACGCAAGUCCUUUGGUACCGACGAAGAUCUUCUUCUGAUAUCAGUUGACGAGAGCCGGAAACAGAACUACACCAUAUUGUGAUUUUCUCCUAUCAGUGCCUGAUAUUCUUCUUCUUCAUCAAGCUGGUUUCAUCAUUUUCUGCAGUACACAUUUUUCAAGAUUCUGUAUUAUAAGUUAUCG